UCCUGGUUUUCCUGCGUCUAUGACGGACUCGCGCUCCAGUGUAGCUGGCUGUCAGCAGCUCAGCGCGAGCAGCCCAACCGGGCAUCUUUUGUAGAACAUGGCGGGAUAUUCACUUUGUUCAAACACAGCACUGUGUAAAACAACCAAACUUCGGCUUCUGUUGUGAGGGGGGACGCGACACGGUGCUUAUUUACACUUUGUUGUGGUGGGAAAAGUUUAAAAAAAAAAAAAAAAAAAAAUGCCGUUUGUCGCGAGGACAGUGGAGCCGCGGCUUCUGUGCCGGCAGCCGAGAGGUUCGGCGGUGCCGGACGAGCGCGCUCCCGGGUCUCCGGCGCUGUUCGCCACGCUAGACGAGGUGUGGGGUCGCGCGCUGGGCGGACUGCUCCAGCAGCUGUCCGACCUGUCCCGGCACGCGGCCGACCUUUUCUCGGACCUCGAGGCGGAGAGCCGAAGCGUGUGGCUGCGCUCCGCGGGGCUCCAGCGGCGCCUGGAGACGCUACAGGGCUCCGUGCGGAGCCUGGACCCCAAAAAAGUCAAAAUCCCGGUGUCUAACCUGGAUGAGGAGAGCAAGUGGACGGUGCACUACACUGCUCCCUGGCACCAGCAGGAGAACGUCUUUUUGCCCAGCAGCCGGCCUGCAUGUGUGGAGGACCUGCACCGUCAAGCCAAAGUCAACCUGAAGACUGCACUCCGAGAGUGUGACAAGCUGAGGAAGGAUGGCUUCCGCAGCUCACAGUACUACUCCCAGGGCCCCACCUUCUCCAGCUCCAACGUGUCUGAUGGAAGCCUACAUGACGACGACGAUGCGGACAAGCAGUCUACGACAUCCUCGUCAGCCGAGGAAGAAAAGCUGGUGUACUCCCCGAGCCCGAGGACGCCCCAGCCAGAGGGUGGGUCUAAUGCCACCGAGCAAAGCACCUCGAGUCAGACCAAGCCCCUACCAACCCCGGAGGAGAAGAUGAGGCAGCAGGCGCAGGCCGUGCCCACCGACGUCAUCCCUAUUAAUAUCACAGGGGAGACUUUUGACCGGCAGGCCAGCAUCCGCCGCUCCUUAGUUAACUCUGACACCAUCGUCAGGCGCCCCAAGAAGGUCAAAAGGAGAAAGACAAUUUCAGGGGUUCCUGACAACAUCCAGAAGGAACUAGCAGCCAAGGGACACCACAAUUUGCGGGCUCGGUCGAUGUACAUCCCUGAACAGCACUCCUCCACUCUAGGCCGAGUGAGCAGCAUGAGCUCAGGGCUGCGGCGUACUGACACUCGAGACUCCAGUUGCCAGACAGAGGAAGUAAAAAUUGUACAACCAUCGAUGCGACGGAUCCGAGCUCAGAGGGGCCAGGGCAUCGCUGCACAGAUGGCCAACUUCUCUGCCUCCUCCUCAGGCAGCAUCUCCAUUGCUAGCGACAGUCCUGGCGUUGUCUUUGCACCACAGCUCAACGGGGGAGGAGGCCAGCGUUUUCACAGUCUGCCCCGCCAGGGGGCCCGCAUCUCCUUGAAUGCUGAGGUUGGCUGCAGCAGUGCUCCCUACAGGCUAGAGGGUUACUCUGCUGGAACUGUGCCUCGACAAAUUGGGAGGCUGCAAGCUGAUGAGACAGUAGUGCACCUCAGGAACUCACCGAAGACUGCCACGUUAUCUCGUCCGAAAUCCCAGGAAGUAAGGAGUACCACAGAUGACCAGGCUAUAGCUUGUGUAGUUUCUCCUUAUGCCGCCUACUCUACCUCCCUCAUCUCCAAUGCCACAUUGUCCUCCUCAGCUGAGAUAAUCAGUGUGUGCACAGCAAAGAGCAUGCAGCCCAUCUCCUACCCAGCCGACAAACCCCUUAGUGCCACUAAGGUGAAUGGAUUGCUGCCGGCCUUCUCCUUUGCCCAGAUGGCUACCUCGUCCAACUGUGACUCGGCUGUAUCCCUAAGCAAUAGUGGUGAGACGGACUCCCAAUGCAGCACUCUGGAUGGAAGGAAAGAAAGCUGCAACCGGGAUGCCGCCAGUGAGUCAAGCUACUCCGACAAAAGCUUCAAGAGCCAAAGCACUGUUGCUGCUGACCAAUGGGUUUUUGAGGCCUCAGAGAACAUCCUACCCAAGAGGCCCCUCACUUCUAGCUGCUCCACUCCCAUCAACCAUAUCUAUAGUAGUCUGGAGCGAUCUCCUAACAAGACAGAUGCCAGCUCUUUGUACUCCAUGGAUAAUGAUGGUUACUACACUUCCAUGCAUAUGGAUUCAGGACUCAAAUCACGGAGCCAUAACAGUAUCCAUAGUGCAAGUCAGAUGAGGCACAGUAUGUAUGAGUACCGUGACCACCACAGCCUAGAUGACCGUUCCAGUCUGUACAGCGACAAAUCCUUAUCCCGCAGCAUUUCCCUUCGCAAGUCCAAGAAACCCCCACUCCCACCAACUCGGACUGAUUCCCUUCGACGUAAGCCGGGGAAGAAGCCCAGCAUCCAUGGCUCAGUCUUAAAUGAAACACUGAUUGCUACCCUGCAGCAGUCCCUCCAGAUGACAGCAAAGUGCAAGGGGGGCUCAUCUCCAUCUCAGAGCCCUUCCAGUGAUUAUGAGGAUCCCUGGGUGCUGCGACCACGGAGCCAGAGCAGUGCAAGUGCUGGGAGUAGUGGGGUGUCGGCCUCUAUCACUAAUGUCUACUCCCUAUGUCCCGUCACACCGUCACAAAGCGACACCAGCAGUCUGCGAUCCGACUACGCUGAAUCCUGGGGCUACUACGGGGACUAUCCUCGGGGACAUGGCGAGCAGCUACAGUCCCCUGUCACCUCUUCACCCAGCACUGUUGGAACACCUGGGGGACUUGCUAAUGGGGGUUCCCUCCCUAAUGUUUCUGAAGCAUCUCUGCCACCAAACCAGGACAAUGCCGGAGUGGUCAAGCCCAAAGCAGUUGCCUCUCCGGACAGGGUGCACAGACUCACCUCCCCCUCCAGUGGCUAUUCUAGCCAGUCCAACACCCCUACAGCAGGCACCCCAGUGCCCUCUUUCAUGAGAUCAGUGUCUCCAGCAGGGGGGAAGACCAAGCCUAAAGUGCCCGAGAGGAAGUCUUCUCUCCUGUCCUCUGUGUCUGUGUCUUCCUCCUCUACAUCUUUGUCCUCCAACACCUCAGAUUCAGCAAGAACCCCUCUACCCCCACCACCUCCACCAUUGCCUGGCUUCCCUAUGCUUCCAACUGUCUCUCCCACCCCUGCCGAAACUCCAGUUGCUUCACAUCCCCCUGCUGUUCCAUCCUCAACUCCAGUGUGUACAAAUGAAGAAAUUGUUCCUCCUCCACCAAGUCCACCAUUACCUGCAGCUUCUGAGACAGUUGAAAAAGUGUCCCACUACAUAUCUUCUCCUGAUUUUCCACCCCCUCCUCCAGAGGUUUUGCUGGACUCUGCUUUUCCAGUUAUCAGUCCCCUCAUCCCACCCCAUCCCCCAACUACAUCUCUGGAAUCAAGUAUUCCUAUCCCACCCCCACCUCCACCACUACUACUAUCUUCCAUAGUCCCACCUCCAGCUCCAGCUCUCAACUUAAAAGGAUGGACUGAGCUCCCCAGAUCUGUGAACCCUGAUUUCAUGGACAGCAAAACCAAAGAAGGGAGGAUGUUAACUUCUAAUCACUCUGAAGAAUCAGCCAAGUCUUCAAUGCCCCUCAUCACUGCCCAAGCCCUUCAAAUGGUGCAGCUUCGCUCUGUCAAGAAACUUGAAAAUGAGGAAGAACCUUCUGCUAAAUCCCAGGAAACAGAGGGAGACCAGGAAUCCAUCAAGCCCACAACACCAGAAAAACCUGAAAAGCUAGAGCCCCCCAGUGUGUUACCUUUGACUUUGUCCUCUUCUUCCAUUGUGAAUGAAAAGAAAACACAACUGACACCAGAGGCUAGUGUUCCACAAGUCACUUUAGCAGUAGAUUUAGUGAGCGAUUCAGAGGCUCUUGUCCCACAACAAAUGUACUCAGCGUCCCCAGAAGAGAUCUUACUUUCUCCGGAGCCUAACCAAGAGCAGUCACCUUACGCCAGCCCAACAAAAGCAUUGCAAAUUACCACUCCCAAGAAGAAACCUCCCAUCUCCACUAAGAAGCCCAAGCUCUCACUCAUUGUACCCUCUACCUUUUCACAGCCUGCCUCAGAGGAGAAAAAUCAAGUCCUGGAUGCAGAUUUAACAACGGCACUGAGUCCUCAAAAUGAAAUAUUAGUCUCUGGGAUUACGGAGAGCCAGGGAGGGUCCCUGAAGCAGCAUGAGAGGCACGAGGAGGGGAAUGAUUCUGAAGCAUCCAUGCCAUCCCUAUCCAAGAGUCGAGAGUCCUUAAGCAGUGAUGUCUCCGCUGACAGCUUGCAGGUGGACAGAAUGCCCAUGGUGGGUGUCCGGGAGCUCAGUUUCUCUGACAACAACAGCGCUUCAGACAGAGAUGCAAGUGGAAAUGGAGAUGGUGGCAGCAGCACCACUGGUUCCAUUAGCUCAAAGGAAGAAGAGGAUGGUGAAGUGUUUGAGGACACCAACGCUGCCCUCUUGUCACCGGUUGCCAGAACCGACGAAGAGAGUGUGGAGAACAUGGUGACACCCACGCGACCCCGUACAACUGAGGACCUUUUUGCCGCCAUUCACAGGUCGAAAAGAAAGGUGCUGGGGCGGAGAGAGUCUGAGGAGGAGCGCUCGCGAGGCCUCUCCCCAUCCCCCCCUGUGACCCCGACAGGAAGUUCCCCGGGCCAGGCCUCCUUGUCUCGCCAGACGGGCUCCAUCCAACGCAGCCUCCGCAAGUCGGCCACCAGCAGCGACAGCUUCAAGGCCCUGCUCCUGAAGAAGGGCAGCCGCUCUGAGACCAGCUUCCGCAUGUCCGCCGCAGAGAUGCUUAAGAGCACGGACCCCCGCUUCCAGAGGACGCGCUCAGAGUCCUGGCUCGACUUGCCUGCGCAGGACACCUCCAGUGCCUCCCUAGGCCGCAGCAAGAGAGCACAGGAAGAGUGGGCCCGCAGUGAGGGUUCACUGACUCGCUAUUCCACGGGCAGCAUCAUCUCGUCGUCUUCCUCCUCCCUCACUGGAGGAAAGUACGGACGGUCCCGUGCACCGCCAUCUGCUGCCAGCAGCAAGUAUAACGCCCGUAGCCGCAUCCUCAGCAGCCCCAUGACCGUAAUCUGCGAGCGGGAGGGUGAGCUGGCUGAAGCAGCCGAGGCAGCUGAAGAAAGGACAUCAGAGGAGGCUCGGUCCACCCUGUCGACCUCUCCGCACUUACCGGACUCCAGUGCCACCUUAUGCGAGGGAGGCAGCACUUAAGAAACAGGUCAGCUCCCUGAAACUGGGACCCUGGACUCUCACAUAACCGAGGGGAGACACCAGCUUCACUGGAGACUCCAACCUUACCCAACAGAGCCCACGGGUCUGGGUUCUGGCCCCAAAUACAGAUAGGAUGAGCACUAAUAGCCUGUGUGAAUUUUGUUGUUCUCAGUCUGAAGUGGGCGCCAGUUGUACUGCACAUUUUAUCCAUUAACUUUCCCUUUUCGUCUAAUAUGAAAUUCUCCAAGAGCAAUAACCAAUUUCUGAAAGCAAUGUAGCCUGAUUUUUGAUUUUAUUCCCCUUUCUGUUGUUUGGAGGUCUGAAAUGUACGAGUUGUUAGUUUCCUAUAGUUUUUCCUAAGAAUUGAAGAGCAGGUUUUGGAAAAGAGAGGAAUUAAGUUUUUUUGCAGUGGUGAAACUUUUUGAUUCUACAACCAAACUGGUUUCAUUCUUGGCGGCAGAAAGCUUUGUGGGAAAUGAAAAUUUUGACAUGGCUCAUAUAUGUUCCUUCCAUUCUUUUCUUUAGGAAUUUGCAGUUUCUUUUUUGUCACCUCUUUUUUCCUAGUCUCAGCCUUAGGAGACAUAAAAGGAGGGACACAAGGAGCACAACUUGAGUAAUUUCUCCACUCUCUAGCGUAGGACUCUUCCCUCUGAGAUCGAAGGGUUCGCUGAAAUGCUGCAUUUUCUAUCAUGAACUGGAACUGAUGGGGGCUCGAACGUACCAUAAAUGUUGGGAGACAGAGACAAGCAUGUGGACAAGAAGGUUAUGCUGAGGUGGAUUUCACUGUAGGCUUGGAAAACCUUUUGUAGUGUGAUUUAGAUUUGCACUAUAUAUUGGUGUUUUUUUUGGUAGUUAUGUAUAAAAAUUGGUCUGUUAGAAUUUACUAACUGGAGAUGAAGAAUUAGUUUUAAUGCAAAAAGAUUUACUUGAACAAGAAAGUCCAGUUUUAUUUUGUGAACAUUUAGUUACCAAAGAACUAAUACAACUUAGUGUGUGGUGUAUUUCCUCCAGAUUGUUCUAGAGGUGUCCAGGAUCUGUGACAGGGAGUAGACUCUAGACACAGGUUUACCUAGGGCUCAAAAAUGAUGCUACUCUGUAACUUCUCAACUUUCUAUGAUAGGUAUCUUUCUUGUGCAGUUUUGUACUGUUUUGUAAAUACAUAGACAAUUGUAAAAGUAACAUGACUUAUUUUCACAGAAUUUGUACAUUUUAGGACCUUUGUUACUGAAGAGCAAGGGACAUCCUUUUGUAGACUAUUUAUUUAUAGUACAGGGAGAACAUGGGGGUGAUUGAUCUUUCCCCUCCAGCUACAGGGUGUGUAGAAUUUAGUAAUGGAAGGAUGAAGGUUCACGAAGCCCUUAAUGGGUGGACUGUUGAGUGCCAGUGAUCUGCUCCAUCUCAGUAUGGUGCUAAACGAGGCUGUCGCUAUCGCUGGAGAUGGUGUGAUUCUGAAGUGAAAACUGGCUGCUAAU